UUGCUCUUGACCGAGAUUCACAACUUCAAUUGCAGAAAUCAUUGAAAACCGUGACAUCUCAUUUCUUCUCAGCCCUGAGAUGUUUCAGGUGAAACAGAAAGAUGCUAGGAGUAUCAGAUCAGAAUGGAUCAGCCCCAAAUUCAAAAAUACAUAUCAACUUUAUAUUAGGCCUAAUAAACAUAUCAUAAUGUGAAAGAACACUACCAAGUAUGAUAUCGGUUAUACGCAGGUUGAUGUGCUUGAUAUGAAAGAUAAGAUAACGAUAAGAUAUAAUACACAAGAUACUUGUAUAUAAUAUAAGAUAAAUCUUCAACAUCAUAAUCUUUCUGCUGCUCGCCUGUACCAAAAACUUAUAAAGUAAUACAAUAUGAUAAAUUGACAAUACUAGCAUAUAUCUAUAACAAUAUGACCGCUGCACAAAAAAUGUGAUUGGCAUUGUUCAUCGUCUCUGAGUGUGGUUGAAAAUUUACAUGUAGCUAUGGAUAUAUGGAAGCAAUUGUCGUGCGUACGUGAAGUUGAGGAUUCUUAUGAUGACGAUGACAGCGUCAAAGAUACUUGGACCAUUAACAGUUGCUGCACAGUUAAACAAAACCGACUGUCUUUACUGUCUACAUCAAGGCGUUCAUCGUCAUCCUCAUCGACAUCAUCGGAUUCAGAUGGUUCCUAUACGGUAUGGGGAGUUGCCAAACCUAUAACAUCAUAUCCAAGGGAGGAUAUACAUUCUCUGCUCCAUGUGAGUAUCCAUGAUGAUGAAAACGAUGGGAACGUAAACCUGGAUGAUGUGAAGCACGCUGUUCCGGUACCUAUCAUUGAAGUAUCACCUUACGAUGAUGAUGUUUUAGAGAAUCAACGGGCAAAGAGUAUGGACGAUCUGGAUGCCUUGGAAGUACCGAUGACUGUUCAAUCCCAUUCAAGAUAUCAAGCCAGACGAUCUACCGACGCACAUGUACUAGACCUAAAGACGCAAAAACAUUUGAAGAAGAAAUUUUCCCGUGCUAACAUAAAUAAACCGCCUGGUAGGCAACUCCUGGCACCCUCUUUAGACGUUAAGGCAACAUUAAGAAAAAGUUUCGAGAAUUUGCUUGGGAAAAUUGGUGAACACGUCCAUUUCGGUAGGAGUAGCAGUCGUUUAGAUUGCCGAGUUCAACCAACAUGGCCACCGUCGUCUGCUGAAAUUGAAAACGAGGUAGAAGAACUCAAGAAAUGUCUCUUUGCGAAAGAUGAUACGAAUGCAGAACUGGUGGAACAUAGAAAUUGCCAAUCCCUUCGCAAACCUCCUAGGUUCUUAUCUAACACUUCAACGCUCGUUAACAACAUUUUGCAAAGCUUUGUUCAACCUUAUGUAUACAAUAAUGACACUGUUUUGACAGAGUUACCCAGCGUUUUGGAUUCUGAUGAUAUAAAAUAUGAAUUCGAGGAAAAUGGUGAUGCAGUCAUCAUUAAUCAAAAUAACAAUGCUGUUGUUUAUCUCGCAAAAGACGCUCGUGAUAGAUUCGUUGUGGUAACAUGUACAUUUUCUAAUGGUCUGCUAGACUGGGUAGAUGUUAUUAAUAAGGGGCGUGUUGCUGAACAUCUUGGUCUAUUAGAUGUUACAGGUGUAAUACCUUUAGACCCAUUAGACUCUGAAAGAUUCCAUUUUACAGCAAUAGUGUCCAUCUAUAGUGGGCAACCAGAGACUUAUAAUGACUUCUGUUCUGUCUGAAAUCCAUACAAAAAGAUGUUAUAAAUUAAAAUUAUCAAAAUAAAA